CGCGCGGAGAUUCCCUUUCGCCCCUCCGGCUCCGAGAGGGGGCGGCAGAAGGGACGCGAGGGUGACAGGGCGUGCCCACCCUGCGGCUGGGCGCCCGGCAGCGCCCCCCGCCCCCGGGCCUGAGCGGCCGCUGGGACUCGAAACAAGAGGAAGAGGAACCCGAGGAGGGCUCGCCGAACCGGCCACCCGCUCGCCGAACUUGCCGAGGAAACUAGUGCGGAGGGAGGGGCCGGGGCCGGGGCCGCGGCAGGAGGAGGGGCGGCCGCAGCUGCAUCCAGCCCCGUUGGCUUCCUUCCCAGCUCUGCUUCGCCUCCUCCUCUUCCUCCUGUAUGAGUCAGGCAUUUCCCGGGGAUUUGGAGCAGCCACGCGCGGCCCGGGCGCCGGGAGCUGUAGCAGCCGCCGCCGCCGCGCCAGCAGCCCCAGCGCCGGGGCCGCCACCGCGGCGGGCCCCCGCGUUCCCGGCGCGCACGGACCAUGGAGAGGGCGGCCCAAGGCGCAGACGGCGGCGGGGGCAGCAACAGCAGCAGCCGCAGCAGCAGCCGCGCCACCUCGGCGGGCUCGUCGCCCUCCUGCUCCCUGGCCGGCCGGGGGGUCUCCAGCCGGUCGGCGGGAGCGGGGCUCGGCGGCGGGGGCAGCCGCAGCAGCCCGGGCUCGGUGGCCGCUAGUCCGUCCGGAGGCGGCGGCCGCAGGCGGGAGCCGGCGCUCGAGGGCGUGCUCAGCAAAUACACCAACCUCCUCCAGGGCUGGCAGAACAGGUACUUUGUGCUGGAUUUUGAGGCUGGCAUCCUGCAGUAUUUUGUGAAUGAGCAAAGCAAACACCAGAAGCCUCGGGGAGCCCUGCCUCUGUCUGGAGCCAUAGUGUCCCUGAGCGAUGAAGUUCCCCACAUGCUGGUGGUGUACUCCGCUAACGGAGAGAUGUAUAAGCUGAGAGCUGCCGAUGCAAAGGAGAAACAGUUUUGGGUGACUCAGCUUCGAGCUUGUGCCAAAUAUCACAUGGAAACGAGUUCUAAGACGACUCCAAGUUCCCGAAGCCGCAGUCUCACUUUGCUCCCCCAUGGAACGCCCAAUCCUGCGUCUCCCUGUAGCCAGAGACACCUCGGCACGGGGGCCCCCGGUGUUGUCACAAUCACGCAUCACAAGUCGCCUGCAGCUGCCCGAAGAGCCAAGAGUCAGUAUCCCGGCCAGCUUCACGAAGUCAGAGAGAUGAUGAACCAGGUGGAAGGACAGCAGAAGAACCUCGUGCACGCCAUCGAGUCUCUGCCGGGUUCUGGCCCCCUCACUGCCUUGGACCAGGAUCUGCUCCUCCUGAAAGCUACCUCCGCUGCCACCCUCAGCUGCCUCGGGGAGUGCCUCCAUUUGCUGCAGCAGAGUGUGCAGCAGGUGGGCCAGCCCGGCCACAAGCCGGGGGCCUCAGAGAACAUCCUGGGAUGGCACGGGCCCAAGUCACAUUCCACAGAGCAGCUGAAAAAUGGGACCCUUGGCUCUUUGCCAUCAACCAGUGCCAACAUAACCUGGGCGAUUUUACCAGACUCCGCUGCAGAAGAGCAAAGCUUGCCGCCAGAGCCCGAGCCAAACUCAGGCCCUGAACUGGUUUUGUCCGAAGAUGAAAAAAGUGACACUGAAGAUAAGGAAGAGACAGAAUUGGGCGUCAUGGAGGAUCAACGGAGUAUAAUUCUCCAUCUCAUUUCACAGCUCAAACUAGGAAUGGAUUUGACCAAGGUGGUGCUUCCCACGUUCAUCCUGGAGAAGCGGUCCCUGCUGGAGAUGUACGCAGACUUCAUGGCGCAUCCAGACCUGCUACUGGCCGUCACCGCUGGGGCCACACCGGAGGAGAGGGUCAUUUGCUUCGUGGAGUAUUAUCUCACGGCCUUCCACGAGGGCCGCAAGGGGGCCUUGGCCAAGAAGCCCUACAACCCCAUCAUCGGUGAGACGUUUCACUGCUCCUGGGAGGUCCCCAAAGACAGCGUCAAGCCAAAGAGGACUGCUCCCCAUUCUCCUGCUGGCCACGAACACCCGAUGGCCGAGGACCCUUCCAAAAGCUACAAACUGAGGUUUGUGGCCGAGCAGGUGUCCCAUCACCCACCCAUCUCCUGCUUCUACUGUGAGUGCAAGGAGAAGAGACUGUGCGUCAACACUCACGUAUGGACCAAAAGCAAGUUCAUGGGCAUGUCCGUGGGGGUCUCCAUGAUAGGGGAAGGUGUGCUGAAGCUCCUGGAACACGGGGAGGAGUACGUGUUCACGCUGCCCAGUGCCUACGCGCGCUCCAUUCUCACCAUCCCCUGGGUGGAGCUCGGAGGCAAAGUCAGCAUCAGCUGUGCGAAGACCGGCUACUCGGCGACGGUGAUAUUCCACACGAAGCCUUUUUACGGAGGGAAAGUGCACAGGGUCACGGCCGAAGUGAAGCACAACCCAACCAACACCAUUGUUUGUAAAGCCCACGGGGAAUGGAACGGUACCUUAGAGUUCACGUACAACAGUGGAGAGACCAGGGUCAUCGACACGACCACACUGCCAGUGUACCCCAAGAAGAUCAGACCCCUGGAGAAGCAGGGGCCCAUGGAGUCCAGGAACCUCUGGCAGGAGGUGACCAGAUACCUGCGGCUGGGGAACAUUGAUGCUGCCACCGAGCAGAAGCGACGCCUGGAGGAGAAGCAGCGGGUGGAGGAACGGAAGCGGGAGAACCUCCACACACCGUGGCAACCCAAGUAUUUCAUCCAGGAGGGUGACGGCUGGGUAUACUUCAAGCCUCUUUGGAAGGCGCACUGAUGGGGUGGAGGUGUAGAGCUUUCAGAAGUAGCCCUGUGUUAGUAGGAAUUAAAGUGUCAAGGUUCUGCUGGUAUUCACUAAGACCUCUUGAUGUCAUUCAAGAAAUGGUACCUGGGAGAGAAAUGAUAUACUGUGAAAAAUGCACCACCAAACUACUCCGGGAUUGAGUUUAUUCAAGAGCCAUUUGGGGCAUGUGUGUGUACACAGGUCUGUGUGUGAGCUCUCAGUACGGUAUGUUCACGCACAUGCACUAUAUACACAUGUCUACUAGGUAUUAUUACACAUGUAAAUAUUGCACUUACCGAGAUUUAAGUGGGUAACUAUGAGCUCCUUUUUAUCAAUGAGGUUUGAGGUUUUCUAUUUUUCACUUUGCCAAAAAUGUUUUGCACUCACAAAAGUGUUCCCGUGUAGGCAGCUCCUGUCGAAACAGAGGUGAAUUGGCUUGGCCCAGGUGAGGUCCCUAUGGUGGAAAGUGGCUCAUUCCUGGGAGAAGUGUAGGUGGUGGUCACUUCACAAUUAGUGUUGUGAUUCUCACCUCUGUCCCCACUUGAGCAUUUUGUUUGUCCUUAAGAAAGAGAAGCUAUUUCCUGCUGAAUGGUGAGUGGGCAAGAAGCUGUUAAAGGUUUAUGCCCAGAGCCUUCCAAGAUGGAGCAUCUUUGGGAGAAGCAGGCCCAUCUUGGAAUUUGCCUCCCGUGUCCUUGCCCCAGAAUCUUUCUGACAAUUUCUCCUGCGCAAAGCGUUAGACAUUUUUCAGAAGCUGCUGCUUUUACAGUAGAAAACAAGUCAGAUGAAGACUUCACUACUUUUGUGAUGAAAAAGGGCUUUAGAAGUUAAAUACACGCAUGCAUAUACAAAACUGCACAACCAUAGCCUCAAUUUUUGUAUUUCGUUUGGGGAAAGAGAAAAGAACUUCCUGUGGGUUUUUUUUUUUAAGUGCACCUCUCUUGUUUGACCCAAACUCGGCAAGAAAACCACUGUGAUUAAAUGACACAUACAUAAAGCCUGCAAAAGCAUUCCAUGGUUUCAGCUGAAUUUCAGUCCUCAGCCUUUACAAAUGAGGUCAAGACAUGACUAGAAUAUAAAGCAAGGAAAAAAUGAAGUAUUUGAUUUUUUGCUCAAUGCUUAAUUUAUUUUUUACUGUGCCACUCAGAAUAUUUAUAAAAAUCCAGUAGCAUGAAUGCUUCUCUGUAGUAAUACUGAUUUUGUGCCUUUUGUCUGCUUUCUUAAGACCAAUUGUUCACUUUGUAGAUAUUAGACAAUAUAUUUCGAUUAAGUACUAUACCUAUCUGUGUGUCUGUAUUUUAUUUUUAGGGAUCCAAAAUUUCAGUUGGAACUGGCCGUUCUGAACGAGCUCAGAUUUUAUUGGUUAGAUAUUGCUAAUUUGAUGUGAACAGCAAUCAUAUUUAGAUCAAAACGGUGUUUUAAACACAGUAAAAAAAAAUCUACCAGAUAAACAUUAUUUAUGGAAAUGUUCUGACAAGUUGAUAUGAACAUUUAACUCCUAUCUAGUGAAUUUUAUGGUUUGUGAGAAGUUACUACUGGCCAAAGUCCUAAUGUAGUAGGCCUGUUCAGGUUCAUAGUCUUAAGACAUCUGGGAGAAUAAAGUGUGUGGAACCAUUUUAUUUCUGAGGAGGAAAACAGAAUAGAUGCUAUUUUGAGGAAGAAGAUCUUCAAGAGAAGACUGCAAAAUAAUCACUGUGGUGUGUUUAGAUUUUUCCAGUCUUAUGUUAUGCCAAAGUAGGAACCAUCUGGGAAAUUAAACAUGGACAAGGUUCGCUUUCUUUCCUGUUUUGGGCGGGAGAGGGUUCAAUUUGCCUUUUUAAAAAAUUGUGAAAUAUAUACAGAAGGUUUAUAUGAAAUAUAUUACAGUUCCAAGAAUAAGCACCCAUGUACCCAGUGCCUAAGGAAAGACCCCCAAGUUUGCUAGUACCUGAAACGCCACAUCUGUGUCCUUACAAAACUGUAUCCCCCUCCUUGACCACAGCGAUAACACUACCACUGUCCUGAUCUCUGGAGUAAUUGUUUUCUUUUGAAACCUCCACACAUGCUCUGUGGAUUUAUAAAGAGCAGGCUUGGCUUUGCCUGUCAGAGCUAACAUUUUGUUUAUAGGUCAAUCUAUGUUAUGAGUCACUCUAUUUGUUCGCUUUUCUGUUCCUUUUUGCCGAAUUCACAUUUUGUUUUAUACUUUCAUUGUGGCAAACUGUAUGUAACGUAAAAUUUACCAUUUUAGCAAUUUUUAAGUAUACAGUUCAUUGGCAUUAAAUAUGUUCCCAGUAUUGUGUGACCAGCACAACCAUCUGUGCCCAUAGUUUCCAUCUUCCCGAAUUGCAGCUCCCUGCACAUUAAACAAUGACUCUGCGUUCCUAUCCCCCCAUCUCUGCAGCCCUUAACAACGACCAUUGUACUUUGUUUUUAUUGACUACUGUAAGUACUUCAUAUAAGUGGAAUCAUUCUACACGUAUCCUUUUGUGUCUGGCUUAUUUUACUUGACAUAAUGUGUUCAAAGCUCAUCAGAAUUUCCCUUCUUUUUAGGACUGAAUAAUAUUCCAUUGUAUGUAUAUAUACCAUAUUUUGUUCAUCUCUUUACCUAUCCAUGAACAUUUGGGUCGUUUACAUCUUUUGGCUAUUGUGAAUAAUGCUGCUGUGAACAUGGGAGUGCAAAUAUCUGAGUAAUAUCUGCUUUCAAUUCUUUUGGGGAUAUACGUAUCCAGAAGUAGAAGUACUGUAUCAUAUGAAAAUUCCUUGUUUAACUUUCCAGUACCUGCCAUACUGCUUUCCACAGUGCCUCCAUCAUUUUGCAGUCCUACCAGCAAUGCAUAAGGGUUUGAAUUUUUCCACAGCCUCCCCAACACUUGUUUUUUUGUUUUAUAAUAAUCAUCAUAAAGGGUGUGAAGUGCCAUUUCAUUGGGGUUUUGCUUUGCAUUUCUCUAAUGAUUAGUGAUGUGGAGCAUCUUUUCAUGUGCUUAUUGGCCAUUUCUGUAUCUUCUUUGGAGAAAUGUCUUUUUAAGUCCUUUGCCCAUUUUCUAAUUAGGUUUUGUGUGUUGAGUUGUAGUUCUUUAUAAAUUCUGGAUAUUCUUUAUCAGAUUAUAUUUUCUGAUUUAUAAUUUUAUCAGAUAUAUAAUGCUUCUUCCAUUCUGUAGGUUGCCUUUUUACCCUGUUGAUAGGGUUCAUGAUGUACAAAAGUAUUUAGUUUUGGCGGAGUCCAAUUUAUCUACUUUUUCUUUUGUAGCUUGUACUUUGAAUUGUCCUACCCAAGAAAUCAUGGACAAAUCUAACUUCAUGGAGCUUUUCUUUUCUUCUUUCUUUUUCUUUCUUUCUUUUCCUUCCUUCCUUCCUUCCUUCCUCUCUUUCUUUCAUCUUUUUUUUUUUUUUUUAAGAUUUUAUUUAUUUAUUUGAGAGGGGAGAGGCAGAGGGAGAGGGAGAAGCAGACUCUCCCCGCUGAGCAGGGAGUCCGACACGGGGCUCAAUCCCAGGACCCUGGGAUCAUGACCCGAGCCGAAGGCAGAUGCUUAACCAACUGAACCACCCAGGUGCACCCCCAUGUAGCUUUCCCACUAUGUUUUCUUCUAACAGUUUUAUAUUUUAAGCUCUUAUGUUUAGGGUUUUGAUCCAUUUUAAGUUAAUUUUUGUAUAUGGUGUUAAGGGUCCAACCUCAUAUCCUGUAUUCCUAGGACCAUUUGUUGAAAAGACUCUCCUUUCUCCAUUGAAUGGUAUUGGUACCCUUAACAAAAAUCAUUUGACCAAGAUGCAAGGGCUUAUUCCUGGGCCCUUCAUUCUAUUACAUUGGUCUAGAUAUCUGUUUUUAUGCCAGUACCACAGUUUUGAUUACUAUAGCUUUUUGAAAUUUUUGAAAAUAGGAAGUGAGAGACUUUCAACUUUUUUCUUUUUCAAGAUUGUUUUGGCUACUAGGGGUCCCUUGAGAUUCUAUAUGAAUUUUAGGAUGGAAUUUUCUAGAUUUGUUAAAAACAUCACUGGAAUUUGAUAGGUUAGGCGUUGCACUGACUCUGUAGAUUACCUUGCACAAUAUUGACAUCUUAACGAUAUUGUCUUCUAAUCCAUAAACACAGGCAAUCUUUCCAUUUACUUAUUUCAUCUUCCAUUUCUUCAGAAAUAUUUUGUGGUUUUCAGUUUUCAUUUUAUUGCAUUUUGCUUUAUUGUGCUUUGCAGAUACUGCUUUUUAUAGUUGAAGGUUUGUGGCAGACUUCCUUAAGGUAGGGCUAUCAGCACCAUUUUACCAAUAGCAUUUGCUCAGUUUAUGUCUCUGUGUCACAUUUUGUAAUUUUUGCAAUAUUUUAAUAUUUUUCAUUAUUUUACUUGUUAUGGUGAUCUGUGAUCACUGAUAUUUGAUCUUACUAUUGUAACUGUUUGGGGGUGCCAUGAACUGCACCCAGUGAGGUGGCAGGCUGAUUGGAUAAAUGUUAAAAGUUGUGUAUGUUCUGACUGCUACACCAACCAUCUGACCUCCCCACCUCUCUUCCUCUGCUUGGACCUCCUUAUUCUGAGACAGACAAUAUUGGAAUUAAUUACCUCCCAAUGGCCUCUAAGUGUUCAAGGAGAAGAGAGUCACACAUCUCUUAUUUUAAAUUAGAAGCUAGAAAUGAUUACCCUUGGCGAGGAAGGCAUGUUGAAAACUGAGAGGGGCCAAAAGCUAGGCCUCUUGGACCAGUUAGCCAAGUUGUGAAUGCAAAGGAAAGGUUCUUGAAGGAAAUUAAAAGUGCUACUCCAAUGAACGCAAAUGAUAAGAAAGCAAAACAGCCUUAUUGCUGAUAUGGAGAAAGUUUUAGUGGUCUGGACAGGAGGUCAAAUCAGCUACAACACUGUCCCUUUAGCCAAAGCCUAAUCCAGAGCAAGACCCUAACUCUCCUUCUAGGAAGGCUGAGAGAGGUGAGGAAGCUGCAGAAGAAAAGUUUGAAGCUAGCAGAGAGUGGUUCAUGAGGUUUAAGGAAAGAGAUCGAAGCCAUAACAUAAAAGUGCAAGGGGAAGCAUCAAAUACUGAUGUAGAAGCUGCAGCAAAUUAUCCAGAAGACCCGAGCUAAAUAAUGAAGGUGGAUACACUAAACAACAGAUUUGCAGUGUAGAUGAAACAGACUUCUAUUGGAAGAAGAUGCCACCUAGGACUAGUGGGGAGAAGUCAAUGCCUGGCCUCCAAAAGGACAGGCUGAGACUCUUGUUAGGAGCUAAUGUAGCUGGUGACUUAAGUUGAAGCCAAUGCUCAUUUACUAUAUUCUAAAAAUCCUAGGGCCCUUAAGAUCUACUCUGCUUAUCCUCUAGAAAUGGAACAACAAAGCCUAGAUGACAGCACAUCAGUACAACAUGGUUUACUGCAUAUUUUAAGCCCACUGUUGAGAACUACUGCUCAGAAAAAAAAGAUUCCUUUCAAAAUAUUACUGCUUAUUGACAAUACACCUGUUACCCAAGAACUCUGAUGGAAAUAUACAAGACGUUUUUAUGCCUGCUAAUACAACACUCAUUCCGCAGCCCAUGGAUCAAGGAGUAAUUUUAAUUUUGAAGUCUUAUUAUUUAAGAAAUACAUUUUGUAAGGCUAUAACUGCUAUAGAUAGUGAUUCCUUUGAUGGAUCUGGGCAUAGUAUAUUGAAAACCUUGAAAGGAUUCACCAUCCUAGACACCAUUAGGAACAUUCAUGAUUCAUAGGAAGAGGUCAAAAUAUCAACACUUAACGGGAGUUUGAAAGUUGAUUCCAAUCCUCAUGGGAUGACUUUGAGGGGUUCAAGACUUCAAGUAGAAGUAACUGCAGAUGUGGUGGAAAUAGCAAGAGAACUAGAAAUAGAAGUGGAGCCUGAAUUUGUGAUUGGAUUGCUGUAAUUUCAUGAAAAAAUUUUAAUGGAUGAGAAGUUGCUACUUACAGAUCAGCAAGCAAUCUUAUGGAUGGUUUCAUGAGGUUGAACCUAUACCUGGCACAGAUGCUGUGAAAAUUGUUGAAAUGACAAUAAAGGAUUUAGAAUAUCAUAAACUUAGAUGAUAAAGCAGUGGCAAGGUUUGAGAGGAUUGAUUACAAUGUUCUACUGGUGGGUAAAAUGGUAUCAAAUAGCAUUAGAUACAACAAAGAAAUUGUUCAUGAGAGAACCGAUGCAGCAAACUUGUCUUAUUUUAAGAAAUUGGCCACAGCCACUCCAAUCUUCAGCAACUGCCAACCUGAUCAGUCAGCAGCCGUCAACAUCAGCAACAAGGCACGAUCUUCACCAGCAAAAAAAGUAGGACUUGCUGAAAGCUCAGAUGGUUGGCAUUUCCUUAGCAAAAAGUAUUUUUUAGUUUAGGUAUGUACCUUGCUUUUUAGACACUAUGCGGUUGCACACUUAAUAGUGUAGUGUAACUUUUAUAUGCACUGAAAAACCAGGAAGGUCAUUUGAUUUGCUUUAGUGAGAUAAUUUGCUUUGUUGUGGAGGUCUGUAACUGAAACUGCAGUAUGUCUGAGGUAUGCCUAUACGAGACUUUUGCCUCCUUAGUUUAUUGCUAAGUAUUUUACUCUUAUGCAAUUGCAAAUGGAAUUGUUUUCUUAAUUUCUUUUAUGGAUUGUUCAUUGUUAGAAUACAGGAACAAUUGAUUUUAAUGUGUUGACUUUGUGUCCUGCAAUUUUGCUAUAUUUAUUCCAACAAUUUUGUAUGGAAUCUUUUUUUUUUAAAGAUUAUUUAUUUAUUUAUUUAUUUAUUUAUUUAUUUAUUUAUUUGAGAGCAAGAGAGAGAGAAACAGCAUGAGAGGGGAGAGGGUCAGAGGGAGAAGCAGACUCCCUGCUGAGCUGGGAGCCCGAUGUGGGACUCGAUUCCAGGACUCUGGGAUCAUGACCUGAGCUGAAGGCAGUCGCUUAACCAGCUGAGCCACCCAGGCGCCCUGUAUGGAAUCUUUAGAGUCUUCCAGAUAUAAAAUCAUAUCUUUUGUGAACAGUUUUACUACUACUUUUCCAACCUGGAUGACUUUUAUUUCCUUUUCUUGUCUAAUAGCUCUGGAUAGAACUUCCAAUACAUGAAAGGAAGUGGCAAAGCUGGUAUCUUGAUUCUUAAGAGGAAAAACUUUUAAUCUUUCAUCAUUUGCUGUGUUUUUCAUAUAUAGCCUUUAUUAUGUUGAGAUAGCUUCCUUCUAUUCCUAGUUGAGUAUUUUUAUCAUGAAAGAUUUGUUGAAUUUUGUCAGAUGGUUUUCCUGCAUCAUAUUGAGAUGUGUUUUUCCCUUUGUUCUGGUGAAGUGUGGUGUAUAACUUUGAUUUCAUAUUUUGAACCAUCCUUGCAUUCAGAGAAUCCCACUUUGUCAUGAUAUGUAAUACUUCUAAUAUGUUGUUGAAUUUACUAUUACUUAGGAUUUUUUGCAUCAGUAUUCAUAAGGGAUACUGAUCUAUAAUCUUAUUGUAGUAUCCUUUUCUGGCUUUAGGUAUCAGGAUACUGCCUUCAUAGAAUGAGUUAGGAAGUGUUCCCUUUUCAGUUUUUUGGAAGAGUUUGAGGAUUGGUGGUUAAUUCUUCUUUAAAUAUUUAGUAGAAUUCACCAGUGAAGUCAUAUGGUCCUGGGCUUUUCUCAGGAGGUUUUAAAUUGCAAUCUAAUCUCUUUCUGGAUACAGGUCUUCAUAUUUUGAUUCUUGAUGAUUCAGUCUUGGAUAGGUAAUGUUUCUAGGAAUUUGUUCCAUUUGUUGAUGUAUAAUUCAUCUAGAUCAUCCCAAUUUAUUGAUGUACAGUUGUUCAUGGUAUUUAUUCUUAAAAGCCUUUCACUUAUACAAAAUUGGUUGUAAUGGCCCCACUUGCAUUUGAUUUUUUUCUUAGUCUAGUUAAUGCUUUGUCAAUUUUGUUGAUCUUUUUGAAGAAACGGUUUUUAAUUUCAUUUUUGUACUUUUGUUCUCUAUUUUAGUUAUUUCUGCUCUAGUCUUUUAAUAUUUCCUUCCUUCUGCUAGCUGUGGGUUUAGUUAUUUUUUUUAGUUCCUUAAGGUUCAAAAUUAGAUUGUUGGUAUUAGAUCUUUAAAUGUGUUUACAGCUAUAUAUUUCUUUUUAGCACUGCUUUCACAGCAUCCCAUUUUGGUGCUUUUAUUUUUAUGUCUUGAGAUAUGUUCUAAUUUCUCUUGUGAUUUCUUUUUUGACCCACUGGUUAAGAGUGUGUUGUUUAAUUUCCACAUGUUUGUGGGUUACCCAGUUUUCCUUCUGCUGCUGAUUUCUAGUUUCAUUGAAUAGUGACUGGAAAAGAUACUUUGUAUGGUUUGUCUUAAAAUUUAUUGACUUGUUUUGUGAACUAGCACAUGGGUCUGUCCUGGAGAAUGUCCCAUGCACACUUAAGAAAAAUGAAUAUUCUGCUCUUACUGGGUGGAGCCAUCUGUAUAAGCAUGUUAGGUCCAGCUGGCCUUACAGAGUUGUUCAAGUCUUCUAUUUCCUUAUUGAUCCUGCAUAGUUGUUUUAUUAUGGAUUGUGGGGGAUUGAAGUCUCCUAUUAUUGUAGGGCAAUUUCUCCCUCAAUUCUGUAAAUGUUUGCUUCCUAUAUUUUGGAGCUCUGAUAUUUGGUGCUUCUAUGUUUAUGUUAUAGUAGCAAGUUAAUUUUUAUCAAUAUGUAAUGACCUUGUGUCUUAUAAAUGUUUGACUUCGUUAUCUGAUAUUAGUAUAGCCAAUCCUGAUUGCAUGAAAUAUUUUUCCUGUCCUUUCACUUUGAAUGCAUGUUUCCAUAGAUCUUAAGUGAGUCUCUUGUAGACAGCAUAAUCUCUUCUGCCAGUGUUGGCCUUUGAUUGGUGAAUGUCAUCUAAAUUAAUUACAGAUAAGGACUUAGCCAUUUUAUGUUUUCCAACUUCAUUUGUCUCUCAUUUCCUCAAUUAUCUUCCUUUGUAUUUAAUUUUUUGUAGUGCUACAUUUUUAUUCUCAUUUUCUUUUAUCUGUGUUCUCUAGUCCUCUUUGUGGUUCCUGAGAGAUUACACAGAACGUCCUAAAGUAAUAGUCAUCCAUUUUAAAUUAAUACCUUCAGUCACAUAAACUCUACUCCUUUACAGUUCUACCCUUGUUACUGAUGUCACAGAUUACAUCUUUGUAUGUGUAUCCAUGGACUUACAAUUAUUUUUAUGCACUUUUAAGUCCUGUAGAAUUACAGGACUGGAAUUAUGACCCAAAACUAUAAUACUGGUUUUCGUAUUUGCCCAUGUAUUUACCUGUAUUGUUUUGUAUGCCUUUGAGUUAUUAUCUAAAGCCUUCUAUUUCUACUUAAAAGACUUAAUUCCUUAUAGGCAAGGGUAGUGGUUAUGGACUCCAUCAGCUUUUGUUAUGUGGAAAUUUCUUAACUACUUCUUAACUUCUAGAUUUCUUGGUUUAUAGUUAUUUUCGUUCAGCACUACUGCUUCCUGACCUAAGUUUCUGCUGAGAAAUCCACUGAUAAUCCAAUCGCUUUUAUGUUAUAAAUCACUUUUUCUCUUGCUGCUUCCAAGAUGCUCUUUGCUUUUGGCUUUUGACAGUUUGAUUAUAAUGUCUCAGUGUGGUCUGUGGGUUCUUUUGGGUUUAACAUACUUGGGAGUUCACUGAGCUUCUUGAAUUUGUAGAUUCCUACCUUUCCUCAAAUUUGGGGAAUUUUCUGCCACAAUUUCUUCAAAUCUUGUUGCAGUUUUCUCUCUUUUUCUUCUGGGACUCCCAUAAUGUAUUUUCAUCCAUUUAAUGGUGGCCUGUAGGCAGUUUUCAGAUCUCUAAAAUUUUUUGUUCUCCUGAGACCAAAUAACUUAAGUUGACUGGUUUUCUUGAUUUUUCUGUUCCAGUGUUGUUAAACCCCCAGUCAACUUUUCAUUUUUCAGCCACAGAAUUUGAUUUUCUAAAAAGAUAAUUCCUAUUUUAGUUGAUAUUCUUUGUUCAUGUUUUCAGUUUAGUUUGUUGACUGUUUUUACUUUUAGCAUAUUUAAGACUGCUGGUUUAAAGUCUUUAGUGUGUCUGAUGCCUGUUAAUGGAUGAGUCCUGUCACAUUAUGUUCUUCCUUUGAAUAGGCCACGUUUUUGUUUCUUCACAUGCCUUGUGAUCUUUUGCUGAAAAUUAGGCAUCUGAAAAAAUAAAUCUCUUCCAGUCUUUUCAAACUGGCUCUGUGCCAGAAAGACCUUCAUUAACUUGCAGUGUCUGAGCCUUGGGAUCAGCCCAGGGGGAGAUUUAAGGUCAUCUCAGGUCUUUUCUGGCCAUGUCUUCCUUAGGGCUGUGUGCUGUUUUUUUAUUCCCCUUUUAUACAUGGCCUUAGCUGUUCUCGUUCCUGGACCCAUAAUUUCUUGCCUGGUCAUCUCCAGGUCUGUAGUAUCCCUGCAGCUUUCCCCAGCCUAUAACACUUUUCCCUGAGCCAAGUUAGGUGAAAACCAGACGAGUUUUUCAGGCAGCCUUAGAUACAUUACAGUGUUGAAAAUAAGGUCUGUCCUGUUCCCUGCUAUUUGAGAAAGAUCACUGGGAGCUUGGGAGGCUCCUCUCUCCUGACCAUGCCACAAGGGUGGGGGAGGGGGGGCGGCGUAGAGAAAGGUUGAAUAAAAACAUGACAUUUUUUAAUGUGACUUUGUCUUGAUUGGACAUUUACUCAGUGCUAUCGACCACUGCUGGUUUUCUGGGAAAGUUGGUUUGGUUUUAACACUUUCAUGAAACAAAUGAGCGCCUGGAGCUUCCUAGUCUGCAACUUUGCUCUCAUUUUGUGUGCAGUAUAAUACACGCACAAUACAAAAAUCAAAUGUACAGUGUAAUAAAGCAGACACAUGUAACCACACUCCAACUCAAGAAACAGAACAUUGUCAUCACUCCAGAACCACUCUACUUACCCAUUUGUAAUCAAAGCCCCCAAAUUAUCCUUCCACCUCCACAAAAAAAUAAUCACAUCCACCUCCACAAAAAAAUAAUCACAUUGCCUUAUAGCUUUAACACUAUUACAUUCCUAAAUACAUUCAUAAACACUAUAUAUUAGUUUUUUUUAAACUGUAUAUAAAUGAAAUCAUGUUAUAUAAUCCUUUAGUCUAACUCAUUUUUAAGAUCAGUUAUUUCUUGGGGUGCCUGGGUGGCUCAGUUGGUUAAGCAACUGCCUUCGGCUCAGGUCAUGAUCCCGGAGUCCCGGGAUCGAGUCCCGCAUCGGGCUCCCUGCUCGGCAGGGAGUCUGCUUCUCCCUCUGACCCUCCUCCCUCUCAUUCUCUCUGUCUCAAAUAAAUAAAUAAAAUCUUUAAAAAAAAAAAAAAAAGAUCAGUUAUUUCUUAUAAAUGUAGUUCAUUCUUUUUCAUUUUAUACUAUUCCCUUAUAUGAACAUACUGCUAUCAGCUAUUAUUUUUGCCAGACUUAGAAUUACUGGGAAAUGGGGAAUGUGUAUUUUCAGAGUGGUCUGAACAGUUUUAAGUUCCACCAACAAUAUGGGACACUUUUUGUACAUCCUAACUUACUUGACGCAUUUUAGCUAACCUGAUAGUAUGUUCCUUUACAUAUACUGCCAUUUGGAUUUCUUCUUAAGAACUACACAAACUCUAGAUAGUUGCAGGUUAGGUGAUGAUACAUACUGAGUUGCCCAAAAUACCCAGUGUGUGUUUGUGGGCCUAGGGUAAGUAUUAAAAGGCCAUUGAACAAAGGUAUAGGACUCACAUUACCGGAUUUCAAGACUUACAGUUAGUAUAUAGUUUGUAUGUGGCUCCCACAUCAAGCCAUAUACAGAAAGUAACUCAACAGAUUACAAACCUAAAAGUUAAUUCUAUAUAACUGAAAGAUACAAAAUGGAAAGUGGGCUUGCCUUCUGUAAUGUUUGCUAGUGUAGUCCUUUUGUCAAUAGGGCCAUAAAAACAUUUAAAAAAGUAUGUAUUUCCUUCAGCAGGAUAUACACCUGGGCUCUGAUCCAUGUUCAUCUCAUUUUGCAAAGAACAGAAGAUGUUUUAUCUAUCUAGCUUGUUUGAAUAAUUAAGAGAGUGUACUGAGGUUAUAAGAGAAUGCACACUGUCACACUUAGUCACUCUGGUUCCCAUUUGAUCUCCAGCUUUCACUGAAGCCAAUUUCACAGAAGCAGAGACUUGAUAUGACCUCCAGGUUCUUUUUAAGAUUUAAGAAUAACUCUCCAAGAAAAUUCCAUAUUUUCUAAGUAAAGUAUUCCUGACAGUGGUGGAUUAGGGAGUUUGGGCCAAUUCCUGGGCUAAGGACAAGUAGAAAAGCUAGACAAGACAUAACAUCUGCUUUAAGACUUCAUAGAACUAAGAUAGUAAUCACCAGCCCAUAAUCUAGGAAAAGAUGGAAAUCCUGAGAGAGAAGCUUAGCAUUUGGUGCCAUUUCCUCCUGGAAAUUGGGAGACACCAAACAAUAAUUUCAGUAACUUUGCAGAACUAGGAGGAUAAAUGCUGAUAUUUAAAUCUGCAUGGGUAUCAUCCUUGAAAAGUUUCAAUGUAGGAAUAAUGAGCCAGCCCUUACCUAGGGGUGGCAGGCUAGCUUUGUAUAUCGUCCCUUAAAUUGGAUUAAGAUCAUUCUAGCUUGCUGGUUUCCUAGAUAACCUAGCAGAAACCAAAUCCUCUUUAGAAAGGGAAACAACCUAGGCCUGAACUUCCUCAUACAAUUUCUUCAAUAUGUUUAGAACACAUAAAAAGGCCUGCACAUUGGGAGAUAAGAUCACAUGAACGACAGGAAAAAACCCCCACACAAUAGAAACAAGACCCACAGAGCUCUAGACCAUGGAUUUAUUCAUAUAAGCUUAAAACAACUAUGCCCACUAUGUUAAAUAAAAGAUUGAAAAUGUCAUUGGGUCAGCUCUAAACCAUAAAAAAAAAAGAUGGGAUAAAUUCUAGACCUGAAAAACAGAAUAAGUAAAAUGAAAUCAGUGAAUGGGUUUAACAUCAGAUCAGCCAUAAGUAAUGAGAGAAUUUAAGGAGAAAAUACACAGAAUGGAGGAGCAAAAGGAGAGACCCAAAUAAAGAGGGUUUGUGUUUAAUCAAUCUCAGAAGGCAAAGAGAAUGGGGGAGAAGCAAUAUUUAAAGAGAUGACUAACGUUAAGCGUCUGCCUUCGGCUCCGGUCAUGAUCCCAGGGUCCUGGGAUCGAGCCCCGCAUCGGGCUCCCUGCUCAGCGGGGGGCCUGCUUCUCCCUCUUCCACUCCCCCUGCUUGUGUUCCCUCUCUCGCUGUGUCUCUAUCAAAUAAAUAAAUAAAAUCUUAAAAAAAAAAAAGAUGACUAAGAAUUUUAAACCUUGCUGUUGAAAACCAACAAGCUCAACAAAUCCAAAGUAGGACAUAUUAGGAGUCUGAAAAUGAUACAUCAUGCAAUCAUCUUAAUAAAGCUGAUAAAACACUAUUUUAUUUAUCAGACAAAAUAGGCUGUAACAAAAAGUGUUACUGAAGAUUUGGUAUUCCCAAAAAACUGAAGGUUCAAUUUACCAAGAAAGUUCCAAGUGUAUAUAACACCUAAUAAUAUAGGUUCAAAACACAUAAAGAAAAAUUGACAGCUCAAGGACAAUUAGGCAAACCUGUUAAUUGCCUACAAUUUUAACACAUCAUCCUCAGCAAGUAGUAAGUUUCAGGGACAUUUAUAGACACACCUGUGUAGACUAUAUGUUGGGCCACAGAGCAAAUUUCAACCAUUUUCAAAGGGUUAAAGUCAGAGUAUCUGACCACGAUGCAAUUAAGGUAAAAACAGAUAAUAAAAGGGUAACUAGAAAAUCACCACAUUUGAGUAUCAAGAAAUGUACAUCUAACCCAUGGUUCAAGGAAAGUACAAUGGAAAUUAAAAUAUACAUUAAACUGAAUAAUAGUUCACAUCAAAAAUUUGUGAGAAUGGAACUUAAGCUACAUUUGGAGUAAAUUUAUAACUUUAAAUUCAUAUACUGGGAAAAGAAAUCAACACAUUAAAAAGAACACCUCCUGUCCAAGGAAAUAGAAGAAAAUUGACACAAAUUAAUGAAAUAAAAAACAUACUGUAGAAAGUGUCAGCAAAGCCAUAAACUGGUUUUUGAAAGGAAAAAAAAUUAACAAAAUUGAUUUAAAACUGCCAAAGCAAAUGAGCAUGGUAAUGAGGGAGAGAACAGAGACAGAAACACAUAGGGAUGUGAGACAAAAAAAGAAAACCAAUGUUAGGAAUGAAAAGGACAUCAUUAUAGAAUCUGCAAACAUUAAAAUUAAGGGACAUGAGCAACAAUUUUAACUUGAAAAUUUAGAUGAAAUGGACAAAUUCCUUGAGAAACACAAUUUCAACAAAACUGACGUAAGUAAAAAACCAAAUCAUCCUGUGUCUAUUAAAUAAUUAAAUCAGUAAUUAAAAACCUUUGCACAAAGAAAAAUCUAGGCCCAAAUGUUUUACUAGCAAAUUCUAUCAAACACUUUUAUUUCACGCAUGCAAAUUUAGUUUAACACUGUGAACAAAAAGUCUCUAAUUCACUACAUUAACAGAAUAAAAGAGGAAAAUCAGAAUCAUCUCAGUAAAAAAAAAAAAAAAAGCCCAUUUGAUAAGAUUCAUUCGUGAUAAAAACUCAGCAUAUGGAAAAAUACCAAAAACUUCCCAUGUGAGGUGCCUGGGUGGCUCAGUGGGUUAAGCGUCUGCCUUCGGCUCAGGUCAUGAUCCCAGGAACUGAGCCAGCAUCCCCACAUCAGACUCCCUGCUCAGAGGGGAGCCUGCUUCUCCCUCCCCUCCCUGCUUGUGCUCAUUCAUUCUCUCCUGUCGCUAUUUUUCUCUCUCAAAUAAAUAAAAUCUUAAAAAAAAUUUAAAAAUGGGUGCCUGGGUGGCUCAGUAGGUUGAGCAUCUGCCUUCAGCUCAGGUCCUGAUUCUGGGGUCCUGGGAUCGAGUCCCAAGUCGGGCUCCCUGCUCGGUGGGAAGUCUGCUUCUCCCUCUCCUCCCUGCUUGUGCGCUCUCUCUCUCGCUAUCUCUGUCACUCUCUCAAAUAAAAUCUUAAAAAAAAAAAAAACUUCCCAUAUGAGACAGGACAAAACACAAAUGUUACCUUUUC